AUGCAGCUUCCACUCACUCUUCUUCUUCUUCUUCUUGGAAUCUUCCUUCUGCACAGUAAGUACCAUCUUUCUUUCAUGAACUUGAGCCAAAUUUGUAGCAUGUACCGUAUCGAGUGCUCCGCUGGAAUCCGCAAGCGUCAAAAUAGAUCUGAUCGCGAAGAUGAAUCAGAUAAGAGCCAAGUGGGCGAAAAGCAACAACGUGACGAACAUGUGGAAACUGGUAUUCUUCCUAACAUCAUCCUUCAGAACUCUUCCAACUCCUCUCACUUUUCAGGAAAACGACAAGGAUCUUGAGGCGAAAGCAAAGCAGAUCUUCAAAGAGACCGGAUGUGAUGGCAUGCGCCCCGGAGACAACUAUCGUGCUUUCCCAUUUUUGAGUGAUGUCUAUGGAGACCAAUACGAGUCGGUCUUGUUCGCCGCGUUGGCGGAAUUGGAGAAGUUCGCGUUCAAGAAAGGAGUCCAAGUGCUCAGAAAUAUGGAAUUGAACACCGGUUUCGCGCUGGAGCUCAGCAAUGCUCUGCAGAAAAAAGUGGGAUGUACAGUCGGGCAAUGCAAGGGAUGGCACGUCGAUCCGAGGGACGAUAGACGGCUCCCGUGGUCGUUCUCCAUGUUUUGCAUCAUUGGUCCUCAGUGAGUCUUCUUCUUUUUCCUUCAGUUACCCUUCGGAUCCACUAUUAAAGGACCCGACUUCUUGCCGAUGAUCAGCCGGGACCGGAGUUCCUUUGGUACGGUACGGAGAAGGGCGAACCGGGGACCAAGUGCGGGGAAGACGGAGUUGGCGACGAGGAGGGUCUUUGUGUUGCAAAGUAA